AUGCAGAGAUUAGUGGCACUUUUAGUUUGCCUGGCUGUAGGCUCCGCCUUCGCCGGUACUGUUGGCGUGUCCAAUGCCGAUCCCUUCGAGCGUGAGGGUCGCAUUGUGGGCGGCGAGGAUACUACUAUCCGAGCUCAUCCCUACCAGGUUUCGUUGCAGACCAAGAGCGGCUCCCACUUUUGCGGUGGCAGUAUUAUCAAUGCAGACACCAUAGUAACAGCCGCCCAUUGUCUGCAAGGAAGAAAGGCCUCCAAGGUGUUCGUGCGUCUGGGAUCCACGCUAUACAAUGAAGGUGGAAUACUGGUGGCUGUCCGGGAUCUACUCUACGAUGAGGAUUACAGUUCUAAGACCAUGGAGUACGACGUUGGCAUACUUAUCGAGGAAACCGAAGACAUUCGUAACAUCUAGUUGGCCAAGGAAACUCCGCCCACUGGAACAACGGCUGUGGUCACUGGCUGGGGUUCCAAGUGCUACUUCUGGUGCAUGACCCUUCCCAAGACACUCCAGGAGGUGUACGUCAGCAUUGUGGACUGGAAGACCUGCGCGUCCACGGAGUACGUGUACAAAAAGUGUCGAUUUAGUCACACGUCAAUCAACGAAAUGAAUAAAGUUAUAUUACGGAUUUUUGCGGUACUGCUCGUGCUGGGGAUUUCUGCCGUGGUGGCCCAACUAGAUGGUAGGAUUGUUGGCGGCGCAGACACCUCCAGUUACUAUACCAAAUAUGUGGUGCAGCUGCGCAGGCGCAGUUCUUCGAGUAGUUCCUAUGCCCAGACUUGUGGUGGCUGCAUCCUGGAUAACGUGACCAUAGCAACCGCAGCACAUUGUGUCUACAAUCGCGUGGCGGAAAACUUCCUGGUGGUGGCCGGAGAUGCUAGCCUUGGUGGCAUGAAUGGUGUGGUGGUGCGAGUUACGAAAUUGAUUCCCCACAAGCUCUACAACGCCUCAAUCACGGAUAAUGACAUUGCCCUCGUGAUCGUCGAUCCUCCUCUGCCUUUGGCCACCUAUGACACCAUGGAAGCCAUUGAAAUUGCCACGACUCAACCUGCUGUGGGUGCCCAGGCCACCAUUAGCGGUUGGGGAUACACCAAAGAGAAUGGCCUGUCCUCCAAUCAGCUUCAGCAGGUUAAUGUUCCCGUAGUUGAUUCCGCAAAGUGCCAGGAGGCCUACUACUGGCGACCCAUCAGUGAUGGAAUGCUAUGUGCCGGUAUUCAGGAGGGUGGCAAGGAUGCCUGUCAGGGAGAUUCCGGAGGACCACUCGUUGUGGCCAACAAACUAGCUGGCAUUGUUUCCUGGGGAGAGGGAUGUGCCCGUGCCAACUAUCCCGGAGUCUAUGCUAAUGUGGCUUACUUUAAGGACUGGAUAGCCGAACAGCGAGCUGCUUAUGCAACAUAAAUUUAAUGUUAUAAUAUUAAAUAAAAGCAAUUUGCAAUAUA